GCGCAUGUAUCUGGCUUUUGAUCGCCACCUUCUUCCGAUUACCUGUAUCCGGGACGCACAGCAUUGUCGGAUCAACCAUGGGAUUCAGUUUGGUCCUCUUCGGUGUGAAAGCAAUCAACUGGAUGGGCGUCUUAAAAAUCGUAUCCUCGUGGUUUCUCUCUCCGUUGCUCAGUGGCCUCGUCUCAGUCGGUCUGUUCGUUUUGAUUCACUACUUAGUAUUGAUAAAGGAAGAUCCUCUAGAACCAGCGCUCCGUCUUCUCCCCGGUUUUUAUGGCACCAUGGUCGCUGUGAAUAUUGUGUCCAUUAUACUAGGCGGCUCCGAAGUGUUCCAAUUCCACAAAGUUCCCAUCUACGGAGUUUUCAUCCUCGGCUGCGGCGGUGGAACAAUCACAGUACUGUGUAUCAAAUUAUUCAUGCUUCCCUACUUGCGGAAACGCAUCAUUGCCGGUGAUAACGCCGGACCGGGGAUUUUGGACAAAAUGUACAUUGCCUGUGGUUGUCACAGACUGGAGAUGUUUUGCCGAAAAUGUAAACGAAAACGAAAAGGCAAACCGGAAAAUGACGUGACCGUUGAGACCCCGUCACAACUAGCUCCGAAAACCAACGACCUCCGAGAUAACGCAGCCAUUCCAGAGGUUGCAUUUGGCUCAAAUCGAAUUACCAAUACCCCGCAUGUCAAACCUCACGGUGAUACGGCGAAUAGACUUGCGGAUGGUCGGGCAACAGGCGACCAAGAAUGCCCAAAUCCUCCUCAUGUUGUACGGUCUGCCGGUGCUCGCAGAGUUGUCUCUAGAACUUUUGAAGUUGAACCAGUUGAACUGGCGAACAUGCAAACUCAACCGAAUGGAAAUCAGUUUAACGCCUACUGUACUUCCAUGCCAUCAGACUCGACCGAUCAUAUGUUGUCAAUUACCAAACGAGGGGUACUAGCUCAACCUUCACUGCCGGCCAUUGGGGAGGAGGAUUCUGAAGGUCGCGAACUUGUCAAGGAUCGCCCAACAGAAGCUAGAGUUUUUUGGCUUCUACAGAUACUCACCUCGGUCUUCGGUUCGUUCGCUCAUGGUGGAAAUGAUGUCAGCAACGCCAUCGGGCCACUGAUGGGUCUUUGGAUUAUCGGUGUGACGCAGGAUGUCAAUUCCAAGAUGGCCAAUCCUUACUGGAUCCUGGUCUACGGUGGCAUCGGUAUCUCUAUUGGUCUGUGGGUCUGGGGAAGACGAGUCAUUCAGACACUGGGAGAGGAUCUCACCGUUAUAACCCCUUCCAGUGGCGUGUGCAUCGAACUCGGUUCAGCCCUGACUGUGCUACUUGCUAGCAAAUUCGGUCUACCGGUAUCCACUACGCACUGUCAAGUUGGUUCGGUCAUUGCCGUCGGACGCUUUCGAUCCCGGGACAAUGUGGACUGGCGGAUCUUCCGUAACAUUAUAAUCGCCUGGGUGGUAACCGUGCCAAUGGCUUGUGGUAUCUCUGCUCUCAUCAUGUUUUUGUUACGAUUUGCUCUAUAGUUGAAGGCUUUUUGGAACAAACAGCCAGAUAAAACUUGUGGAAAACUAAGAUUUUUCUAUGUCGCUUUUUAGACCAUUUUUUCAACCUGUGUCAUCGCAGUCAACUUGUUAGUCGCUCUCAUUUUUU